AGUGUUUAAUUCCGGUAUUCCAAGACCAUCAGUCGAGGGCAAACAUCGCGCCUGGAUUGCUCUAGUUUUCAAUAUGUCUUCUAUAGUUGCACAGACGGAACCGAUCGACAAUUACUACGAAAUCCACGARCAAAUCGGCCGAGGACAGUACGCUGUAGUUAGAAGAUGUACCCAAAAAUCAACMGGUCUACAAUUCGCUGCAAAAUUCGUACGCAAACGAAGGAAAGGCCAAGAUUGCCGCAGCGAAGUGUGGCAUGAAGUAGAAGUCUUAAGCGCUGUCAAUACGCCUUACCAACACACGAAAAUAGUCACUUUACACGAAGUCUUUGAGACAAGAAACGAACUUAUUCUCAUUUUAGAAUUAGCUCUAGGGGGCGAUUUGCAUCGGCAUUGCGUCGCUUUGGACACGGAUGAACCAGCAUCUUCGAGAAGCGAAAAAGAGGUAGUGUUCCUCCUUCGUCAAAUACUGGAAGGGCUGAGACAUCUGCAUAAUCAGAAUUACGUCCACCUAGAUAUUAAGCCUAAUAACAUCUUGUUGAUGACCGAGAUACUUUACCCGGAAAUCAGAAUCAUUGACUUUGGACUCGCUAGAAAAAUCAAACCUGGUGAGCAGAUCUGUCUGAUAGUUGGAACACCUGAAUAUGUAGCGCCAGAAAUUUUGGAGUUCGAACCUGUAGGCAAACCUAGUGAUAUCUGGAGUAUUGGCGUAGUUGCAUAUGUAAUGUUAACCGGGAUGUCGCCAUUUGCUGGGGAAGACAARCAGGAAACGUGCUACAAUGUAUCGUUGUGCGCCAUGGAUUUUCCUGACAGCCAUUUUGGAUCUAUUUCAUUCACUGCUCAGGAUUUCAUCGCUAAAAUCCUGCAGAGAAAUCCAGCAGACAGACCAACGGUUGAAGAAUGUCUUAACCAUCCAUGGCUUAAUACAGAGGAAUUAGUUCAAAAAAGUCCCAGCCGUCGAGUACGCAGGACACCAAACCAUCACACUACCGCCAACAACGAAGAUUCUUGCAAGUCUGAGCAUCACAAGAGACGGAAAAAGCUGAAACAGACUAAUCGAGAGAACAACAGUCUGGUACAAAUAGCUACAUAGAUAUACUAGCAGACAAUAUGACUUUAUGAACGAAAAUAUUACGUUGUGUUCCCAUCUACCUAUUGCUGGAUUAUCGUUGUACAAUAAGUCGCGCUUACCGAGUUAUUUACGGAAAAGUCAGAAACGCUUGUAGAGAAAUUAGAACAUUUUUGCCUUUAGMUGUCCWAUGUUACUUUGAAGCAAUGCUUGUGUGUUGUAUGGACGUGUCCAUGUAGYGACGUAUGCCAAAUGCCAUGGGAACAACGACAUAAGAAAACGACGAAGUAUGACCCAAUAUUUGGGAAUGUUGAAGAAACUCUGUAUCUAGCUCAGUCCCAGUCCAUCUCCACCGAAUCCUGAUGCUGGACUUGCAAAGUUCAUUAUAGUKUGAAGGCRUUAAACCCAUGAAAACAUCUCACUUGUCAAAUGCACAAGAAGAAARACGAAGGAAUUAGUGCGUUACUAUUUCACGGGUUUUUCUCAUUGAUGAACAAUAAUAUAUUCUUAUAAUUUAUCUUUAUUUUAUUUCAAAAUGUAAUUACACUUAGAGCGCAGAAAACAAAAACCACUAGCAAAAAAGCUGUCAAAAAAAGCUGUCAAAACCACUAGCAGUUAGUUGAACGGAUUCUAAUUUGAAUUUCAACGCUUAGAUAUCCAACUUUCGAUAUUCUGUUUGUUCAACCAACGCACAAAAGAAUUGAAGUCAAGGCUCUGGAGAAACUACUAAGAAUCUUUUUGCUUCAACAGAACCUCGUCUUUAUUUCUUUAGUGCAAGAUUAUUUAACCCUGCAGAAUAUCGCUAUUACUUUAACAUAUAAAUAGCAUAUAAAUAGAUAUAGAUAGAUAGAAAGAUAGAUAGAUACUUAAAAAGAACAUUAAAUUGAGACUUCAAGAGUCGUAAAUUUUUGUUAAAGUGUGUGUACUGCUGAUUUAGCAAGAUUUUCACUUCCAUAGAAACCAGCACUGCCUCUAAUUCCAUGCUAUUUAUUCCAAUAAAAACCACUAUAAUCUUUUUGGGAAUUGUUUCAUGCUGAAAUCAUAGGAAAGUUAUUAAAGGAAAGUUAUAGUAAAAAGAUAAUUGGUGUUUUUGUAAGGUUUCAUGGCCAAACCGCCAUAUUUAAACGGGGGACUGCCGAUGACAAGAAUUCUGGUCUAAAGUUUUUUGGUCACUGAGAGUGCUCUUGGCGAAUUGCUGGAGGUUUCAAGAAGGUUGGAAAAGUAAAUAGCAUUUAGUUAGCUGGAAGAUGUGCUGGUGUAGUCCAAAGUUUCAGACUGUCAUGUAGUUUUAGCCGACUAAGUCACACGGGACGCGUUUACGUUUUUAGACAAUGUGGCCGUGUGGUUACACACCCUGUGAAUAACAGAAGGAUCAACGAUGUGCACAAAACGCAGCGUAGACUUAAUUUUACUCUAAACGCUUCACCAAUGAAGUAAUGAAUGCUUUGGCAGUGACUAUAUUUGAUACCCUACGAAGGGUACUUGUUAAUAUGUUAAUAUUAYAAAAGUACUUGUCCAACAAGAAGAAUGUACUAUGUAUAGUGAAAAUAUUAAAGUUCUUUAUUGAGAAAAACUAA